AUGUCAAAUUCAUCAAAUCAACACAAGAAACGCUCUGAGUAUCUCAGACUUGGAGAGCUUGCCUUUCAAAAAACUGAGAAAAUUAAUGGGGAAGUUUUUUCUCUCAUGUAUGGUAGUUUAGUUGCUCAGUUUGUUAAAGAUCUCGAUAAUGCUGAACUUAUUAACUCAAAGCUUGAAAAAAUUGGAUACAACAUUGGUAUUCGUCUUGUGGAUGAAUUUCUUGCCAAAUCUGGAAUUUCAAAGUGUGACAGUUUUAGAGAUACAGCAGAGGUUAUAGCUUGUAUUGGUUUUAAAAUGUUUCUUGGAAUCACUGCUGAAACUAAGGACUGGAAUUCAGAAGAAACUUCAUGCAUUUUAGUAUUUAAUGAAAACCCUCUAGCAGAUUUCGUCGAGCUUCCUCCUUGUUACUCAUCUUCUUUGAAUUAUAGUAAUAUUGUAUGUGGAGUGAUUAGGGGAGCUCUUGAACAGCUUCAAAUGCAAGUUGUUUGCUACUUUCUCAAAGAUAUUCUUAGAGGAGACACAACCAAUGAAAUAUACAUAGAGCUAAAAGAGAGACUACAGGAAGAAUUCUUUGACGAUGAUGACGAGGAAGAGGAACAAGAAAACGAGUACAAGGAAUAA